GUUGAGGAAGGGCUCCUUUGCCUGGGGGUGAACAGGGAUAUCCUACACAAUUCUCAGAGGACCAAAACUAUUCCGAUUUCUCCGUUACAAUGUGCGCAGUAGGGAGUUGUCAUAUUUCCACCAAAUGCUCUCGGAAAGCAAAGAGGUGAACACAAUAGUCAGAAUCUCUUUGGCUUGAGUCGUACACACGUGCUGACAACGAGGCCUUUUUUAUCCGUCAGGCCUCCAACCCCCAUAAGACGAGGGGGUUCCAGUGUUAAACAAAACGCUGCAAAUAUCAGUGUUUAUUUCUCUGACUGACGAGGAAUAGCCGGAAUCACAACGAUAAUUGUCCAGAUGCGAAACUGAUCACCCAUUUCCGUUUCAACCAGAGGCGACUUCUUGAAGAACAACACUUCUGGAGGAGUUGGCGGCAAGAUACAAUUUUGAAUGAUGGUGACAUAUUGACGGCGUUUUUUCGUUUUACCUUCAGGAUUCGGGUUGUUUAGUUUGUUACAGGAUGUAUAUCACAGGGAGGGCAUUGUUCUUUCUGGCUCUCGUCGUGUCAGUCAUCACAGCGGAAGACAUCAAGGCAUGUAAAUUACUCAGUGAAACAGACACACAGGGCACGCAGGCUGACUGGACAGGUUACCGAGUUGUGGCGGACUUAGCCGAAUGCGAAGCCCAGUGCUUAAUGAACGACACGUGUUUUGCAGCAGAGUUCAGAAGGGAUACCAUGUAUUGCUAUUCCUAUUCCAAUGACACUGCUAAAACUUUAGAGAAAGGAGUUACUUUUCUUACUAAAGUCUGCCUCGGAAGUGAUCCACCUUCCGGUAACAGAACAGAUGUCGCGAAUGCCACCUCAGAUAUGCUGCAGCCAUCGGGCACUGUGGCAUCCGCAUCCUACAUCGCCGACAUGCUCGACCCAUCAGCUACCGAUAUGCAGGAUUUUGCAUCCCUUGCAUCAGCCUUUCCAAAUCCACCAAACAUAGACCACCUCGAGAGUAUGGCGAAUGCCACGUUUGGUAAAGACUGGGCAAAUAACUCGUCAAUGAGUAAUGACAGUCUGCCUUCUGUUGAAGUGGCUGCAUCUAUGAAUAUCACUGAUGGUUCUGAUUCGAUAAAGGGGUUAGAUGUUUUGGCCAAUGCAACCCACGUCACUGACAUGAAUGGAUCCGUUUCCAUGAACGACUCUACUGAUUCCAUGGAUGUCAAUGGAACUGUUGUUGACAACGCCAAUGGAACAAAUGUAGCAUCUUUGGGUAUUUCACCUUCUGGCACUGUUCCAGGACACAGUUCAGAUGAAACACAAGGGGUAACUGGAAGCAUAAUGCCUUCACAUACAGCUGGUGUUAGUAUUGAACUGCCGACAGCAACAUCAUCAUCACAAGGUGACGUGACACCUGGCAUUGAUUCAGUAGGACACACAGUUGUAACGGGACCCAGCGCAGGAGCAUCUAUGAGCAGUAAAGUCCAAGCAAGUUCAUCAUCAUCUGUAGAUGCGACAACAUCUGUGACAUUUACUCUCAAGCCGGUUGAUGUAACUAAACCCCUAGUUAAGGAUGACACUACUGCUCCACAAACACAAAAUAUCGUCAUUGUAGACACAACGUCGCUACCACCAAAAACAACAAUUCCUCCAACCACAACUACCACAACUACUAAACCGGCUGCACGACAACCGACCGAUUCAGCUACUAUAACAUCUGUUCCUUUGGUUACGACUCCGCCUGUACCUCAGCCGUAUGGACCACAAAAUCCCUAUAACCCAUACCAGACUUAUAACCGUUACAAUCCCUAUGGCAAUCCACAAGGAGGGCCACGGGUUCCCCCGCAGCCCGGAAAUCAACCUCCCCAGGUACCUCCUUAUCCUCAGCCAAAUCCUCAAUACCCACCAUAUCCCAAUCCCCAAUACCCUCAAUACCCACCGUAUCAACCGAACCCUCAGUAUCCACAGUAUCCACAGUAUCCUCCAUACCCAUACGGACCACGCUACCCCCAAUACCCCCAAUAUCCACCAUAUCAAAUACCGCCUCAAGGUCGUCCUCAACCCCAAAUACCUGUAUAUCAGAUUCCGAAAGGUACCGAUCCUCCUAUCAGAAUUGAAGAAAAACGUAACCGAUUGUGUUUCAACAGAGACAAAUUCCCUGAUUUGAAAUUGCCCGAAGAAAAACCCAAGUUGUUCCUUAUUCCUUCAGGUGAUACGGGCAAAUUUUCAGUUGUAGCUGUUCCUACUCGCCACAAUCCAGUUAUAUGUUUCCCUGUUAGUUACCGUGGCAAGGUCCCAAUUCUUCACCUUCCAGCACAGAAUACUCAGGCUCAAUAUAACCAGUACAAUCAGCAACAACAGUUUCCCUUCCAAUUCCCCGGACAAGGAGGUCCCCAAUUCCCCUUCCAAAACGGAAACCAGAAUCAGUUCCUACCUGGAGCAACAGUUCCUGUGCCUAUUGACAUCAAAGCUUUCUUGGAAAAAUACGGAGAUAUUUAUUCCGAGACCACCUCCCCCAAAACAACCAUCGCUGGUGGUGCUCAAACAACUUCAUCAACACCUGAUGACAAGGUACUUGGAAGUAAUGACACCGUGGACACAAACAACACUGAUUCCCAGAGUGCUAAUAUCACUGGCGGGGAUGGAAACUUUACCUUUCCAGAUAACCAAGGGUCUGUUAAUGAAUCAGUGGGGAACAGUACCCUACCGGAUCUGAGUACCAACCAGACUAUUCCAGAAAUGAUCAUGAACAGCACAGAUCUAUUGGCCAAUGUUACGUUAUCAAGUAACAACACAUUCCCUGAUCCAAGUGUAAAUGGAAGUGAAGUAUUGGGAAAUGGCAGUUUUAGUAUAAAUGGAAGUCUAGGUGAAGAUAUGCAAGAUGUAAACGCCAGCUCUGUUGAUAACUCUACUGUCUCUACCAACGUUUCCACUUUGAUUACUGAUGCUUUAAAUCAAACAGAGUCAGUAAUAGCUAAUGAAACUGUUACUGAGGUUCCUACAAAUCUGACAUAUUCGAACACAUCAGACGGUGCAUUGAACUCUACUGACACAAUCCUGGUAAACAUGACAUUAUCGAGCACAGAAGCCGUUCAACCAACCACAGCGGCGACUGUAACGGAGUCAAACCGCCCAACUUCUCCGCCACGCCGUGUACGCCCUCCGAGAUACGGUCGUCAUAGGCCAAACAGAAAGAAGCCCAAUCGCAAUCGUCCAAAGAAAACUCCUAAAAGCAAACCAAAGAGAAGGCGGAGACCACGCCCAACCCCCGACCCAAUGGCGAAGUAUAAGGGCAAACACCCCAUGCGAUAUGCACGUCCACGAUAUUGGAGACGAAGGAAAAAUCCUCGCCCGAUCCGUCAUCCUUCUUCAGUUGGUCGCAAAUACCGAUCCAGACUCCUACGUUCCCGGAAGUCACGUGAAAGAGCGUUGAGGUCUCGCAGACGUAAAGAAACCCUUUCGUCUCGAUUCUAAUAUUAGAUGGCUGAUCUGACAAUGAAUAUUCGUGAAUAUGAUUGUAAUGUCAUGGUUGCACAUCGAUAAUUUUUUAAUAAUAGGUCUGAUCGAGAAUGCUCUUUUGUGAUAACAACUAAUGUGUGAUAAACGAAGGACGUUUAUGUACGAUAUGAAUGCCGUAUCAUCAUACAAUACCAUUGUAGCAUGAUAACCAUUGGUAACGUGCAGAAUGACCAUAUGAUACCCUUUGUCCAAGCCAUCCCAUGUUAUGAAAACAUAUUGUUUACCAUUGUUUGGGUCAAGCAGCUUUGAGGUUACGUACACGUUCUUUGUGUUUCCGAAGUUUGCCUGUAUACGAAGCAAUGUAGACAUUUUCAGUAAUCCACCAUAUCGGCCUUUUGGAAACAGUUAUUAUUUCUGCAUGCCAUUAUUACAACUUUUGAAUAUAUGAAUAUUUACUCUUCAUAUUGCUUAGUACUUUACUAUUUUUAAACUAAAGCACGUGUUUCAUUUUCGAAAUAUCGUCGUUUGAACAUUCUUCAACCAACGCCAUCCUUAAGGUGGUUGGUUUAUGUAUGACGUGUAUUCAAAUUUU